GUGACGCUGUCGAAAACUACUCAAACUGGCAUUCAAAUAAAAUAAACUGUUUCGGCGCGUUCUCCGCUUUGUGCCUGCAAUUCGUGCUGUUCUGUCUCUGUGCAUUUUGUUCUUGAACAUAUUUUUGUUAUAAAAUUAUUAUAUUAAUUUAUUUUGGCGGCGUGCACUGUGAUUGCUUUGUAAUAAGCAAAAAAGAAAAAGGAAAGGAAGCAAAGAGGAAUCAAUAGAGAAAUAAAGAAAAUUUAUAGUGCACCAGCCAACUUUCCAAGAAGAAAGUCAAGCCGAGAAAAAUGGCCGCAAAACCAGAGGACAAGAGCACGGAUAUUCCGGAUCGCUUGUUUGACUCAAAUCAUCGUAAGACUUACAAGCGUAUGCGCUUCUUUGGAAAGGGCGGCUUUGCAAAAUGCUACGAGAUCAUCGAUGUGGAGACUGACGAUGUCUUUGCCGGCAAGAUUGUGUCCAAGAAGCUGAUGAUAAAGCACAACCAAAAAGAGAAAACGGCACAGGAAAUAACCAUUCACCGUAGCCUUAACCAUCCAAAUAUUGUUAAAUUUCACAGCUAUUUUGAGGAUGUGCAAAAUAUCUACAUUGUGCUGGAGUUGUGCAAGAAGCGCUCGAUGAUGGAGUUGCACAAGCGUCGCAAAAGUAUUACGGAGUUUGAGACCCGCUAUUACAUCUAUCAGAUAAUACAGGGUGUCAAGUAUCUGCACGACAGUCGCAUCAUUCAUCGUGAUCUAAAGCUGGGCAACCUCUUUCUCAAUGACAUGUUGCACGUGAAGAUCGGCGACUUUGGUCUGGCCACACGCAUUGAGUACGAGGGGGAACGCAAGAAGACACUUUGCGGAACUCCCAACUAUAUUGCACCAGAGAUUUUGACCAAGAAGGGUCAUUCGUUUGAGGUGGAUAUCUGGUCAAUUGGGUGUGUGAUGUACACUCUACUCGUGGGUCAGCCGCCAUUUGAAACGAAAACGUUGAAAGAUACCUAUUCGAAGAUCAAGAAAUGCGAAUACCGUGUGCCAAGCUAUUUAAGAAAGCCGGCUGCUGAUAUGGUAAUUGCCAUGUUGCAACCGAAUCCAGAGAGUCGCCCAACAAUUGGCCAGUUGUUGAAUUUUGAGUUCCUUAAGGCGUCGCAGGUGCCCAUGUUCUUGCCCAGCUCUUGUCUAACGAUGGCGCCUCGUAUUGGCAUCAACGAUGUCAUCGAGGAUCCCAAUCAGCGUAAGCCAUUAACGGAAAUGAAUGGCCUAAGGGACGAUACGCGUUUGGAGUCGACAUUCCUCAAGAAUAAUUUGCAUGAUGCCAUUACUGCCUCGGCGCAGAUGUGUCGCCACAACGAGGACUAUCGCGGCGACAUAGAGAGCUUGCAUCAACAGCUCACCAGUCUCAUUAAUAACAAGCCACGUUUAUUGCAAGGCAAUCUGGGCGACGAGAAUACCGAUCCUGCUGCCCAGCCACUGUUUUGGAUAUCAAAAUGGGUCGACUACAGCGACAAAUAUGGCUUUGGGUAUCAGCUGUGCGAUGAGGGCAUCGGCGUAAUGUUUAAUGACACCACAAAGCUCAUUCUACUGCCGAAUCAAAUCAACGUUCACUUUAUCGACAAGGAGGGCAAAGAGAGUUAUAUGACAACGACUGAUUAUUGCCGGACGCUGGAUAAGAAGAUGAAAUUGCUGUCAUAUUUUAAGCGUUACAUGACGGAACAUCUGGUUAAGGCCGGCGCCAAUAAUGUAACCGUGGAGAGUGAUCAAAUAUCGCGUAUGCCUCAUCUUCAUUCCUGGUUCCGUACCACAUGCGCGGUGGUCAUGCAUUUAACCAACGGUUCUGUUCAGCUUAAUUUCUCGGAUCACAUGAAGAUCAUUUUGUGUCCACGCAUGAGCGCCAUAACAUACAUGGAUCAUGAGAAGAACUUCCGGACAUAUCGAUUCUCGACUAUUGCACAAAGUGGAGUCUCCAAGGAUCUAUAUCAAAAGAUGCGCUAUGCCCAAGAGAAACUUAGAAAAAUGCUCGAAAAGAUGUUUGUUUGAGCACAAUAUAAAAAUAUGCACAGCAGCCGGCUGACUUCAUUAUCUUUAUGUUUAUCUCUGUCUAGUUUAAGCGAAUUUAUGAACCUCCGAUUUGCCACGCAACUUCAUGCUCCCAAUCAUUUCAUCUUUGUUCGCAUAUUUGCCCAAAUUGUAGUUGCUGUUCAAAUUGGUCCCCUUUUGUAAUUCUUAAGUUAAAGUUUCUAUUUUUGUUUUCGUUUACUUCAACAUCCGUUACUUAAAUUUGAAUC